AAUCUCAACUGGUCUAUGCGCUAUGAGCAAUCUGGCGGUGCAGACUAAAGAACAUUCAUUUGCGACUCUAUUUUUUUCUCCCAUCCAUCCAUACCUCCUCUCCUCUCCGAACCAUUAAUCUCCCCUUCUCCAGACUUCACAUCCGGUUCACCCGCUAGUAGCCUAUCUUCUGUGUCUUGCCUGUGUGUGUGUGUGUGACGGCCUGAUUCUCCACCGAGCUGUACUGCAGACCCCCUACCUGAACGCGCUGCGUGCUAGACGGAUACUACACCCGGCGUGUAUCGGUGAUGGAGCUACCGUCGGCGCUCUGAGCUGGUGGGAGCCGAUCUGUAUGACACAAAGGCCGGGAUGAGACGAUAGGCUAUCGGAUGGGCGCCCCGGUUUGGUGAUACUCGCUCAACGAUGUCCAAGAGCCUGACGAAGAAAAAUCACUGGACCAACAAAGUCCACGAAGCGGUCGUCACCAGGAGCAUAGAGGGAGAAUUUGGCUUCGAGCUGAAGGGGGGCGCGGAGAUUGGGCAGUUCCCCUACUUCGGGGAGGUGAAACAAGGAAAAGAGACCGUCCAGAGCGGCAAGCUGGCCCAGGAUGAGUUGCUGCUGGAGGUCAACGACACGCCGGUGGCCGGGCUCACCACCCGGGAUGUUCUGGCUGUCAUCAAACACUGCAAAGAUCCGAUCCGCUUCAAAUGUGUCAAACAAGGGGGCAUGGUGGAUAAGGACCUCCGGCACUACCUCAAUCUGCGCUUCUCCAAGGGUUCCGUGGACCACGACCACCAGCAGAUCAUCAGAGACAACCUCUACCUCCGCACCGUACCCUGCACCACCAGGCUGCCAAAGGAGGGAGAGGUGCCGGGGGUGGACUAUAACUUUGUGAGCGUGGAGCGCUUUAUGGAACUGGAGCAAAGCGGAGCCCUGCUAGAGAGUGGAACCUAUGAAGAGAACUUGUACGGUACUCCCAAGCCCCCAGCCGAGCCCAGUCCGGCGGCCCCUCCCUUGAAUGUGAGUGAGGCGCUGCUGCCCGGAGCCUGGCCCAGCGCCCAGGGCAAGAGGAAGAGGAACCAGUCAGUUAGCAACAUGGAGCAGCGAGCCAGCCUGGAGCUGCCUGAGGAGGAGGACUGCAGCCCUCCCGUGGUCAACGAGAAUGGCGUGGCCAUCACGCCAGAGUCAAGCGAGCAUGAGGACAAGAGCACGGACGUGUCUGAGGAGGCUUCUAUGAUGGAUGUCCUCACCCUGCCCCCUCCCUUCACUGAGCCCCCCACAGAGGGAGAGGAGUCCCCCGAGCAGGAACCCCCCAAAUCGCCCCCCAAACUCCCCAAAGGAGAUGAGGAGGAACUGGGACCCCUACCCGACAACUGGGAGAUGGCCUACACCGAGAAAGAAGAGGUCUACUUCAUAGAUCACAACACCAAAACCACGUCAUGGCUGGAUCCUCGGCUGGCAAAGAAGGCCAAACCACCUGAGGAGUGCAAAGAGGACGAACUGCCGUAUGGCUGGGAGAAGAUCGAUGACCCUAUCUAUGGCAGUUACUACGUAGAUCCUGUUCCUUGCAGCCACAUCAACAGAAGGACCCAGUUUGAGAACCCCGUCCUGGAGGCCAAGAGACGACUGGAGCAGCAGCAGAUGCAGAACCAGGGACUGUCAGCUCUGCCUUUACCUACUAUAUACAGAGAGAAGCCCCCAUUCACGAGGGACCCCACCCAGCUGAAGGGCUCCUUUCUGUCCACGGCUCUCCAGAAGAGUAACAUGGGCUUUGGCUUCACCAUCAUUGGAGGGGACGAACCGGAUGAGUUCCUGCAGGUCAAGAGUGUCAUACCCGAGGGCCCCGCUGCACAGAACCAGAAGAUGGACACAGGUGAUGUCAUCGUCUACAUCAAUGACAUCUGCUGCCUGGGCACCACUCACGCCGAUGUGGUCAAACUCUUCCAAUCUGUUCUCAUUGGACAAAGCGUCACCCUGGUCCUCUGCCGGGGCUACCCCCUGCCUUUUGACCCCGAGAACCCCAGCGGGGCGUCCGCCGGAAACUCCCUGACCCCCGUUGGCAUGGAACACCACCCCAUGGUGGUGAACGGGCGUAGCAGCUACAACCAUUACCUGGAGUACCUCUCCCUGAGCUCUCAGCUCCCUUCACAGGCUCUAGCCCAGCCAGGGGAACCCCACCCUGGGGACACCCACCUGGAUGGGUCCUCAUUGCCGCCCACCGACCCCGGGUCUGCUCCGGCCGUGACGCCGCGCGACGACAAUGUCUCCAUAGUGUCGUCAGGGGCGACGGGGAUAGCCGGGGGCGUGAUCCAGGGGGCGGAGCUGCUGACUGUGACUAUGGUGAAGAGGGCGGAGGGGUUCGGGUUCACCAUCGCCGACAGCCCCACGGGGCAGCGGGUCAAACAGGUGUUGGAGCCGGUUGUGCAGGACGGAGUGGGUCUGAAUGAAGGAGACCUGAUCCUGGAGGUGAACCAGCAGGGUGUGGCGGGGGCGGGACACGGCCGUGUGGUGGAGCUGCUCAAAGAGUGUCCUGUCGGAGCAGAGGCCACGCUACUCAUACAGAGAGGAGGAGGGGAAGGUCACGUCUCUCCAUGGAACACCUCCAAACAGAUACCAGAGCAGUGGGACCCCCAUGGAAGUCCCCAGACUUGCUUGUCAGCCCCAGUGCUUCCCCCCGGCACACCCUUCUCUACCCAGUCACAGCAUCGCACCUCAGUCCCCGACUCCACAGAGGGCUUCGACCUCAACAAACCCGACCCAUAUGACCUCUAUGAGAAGUCCAGGGCCAUCUACGAGAGUAGACGUCCAGAGUACCAGGAGGUGGAAGUUCACCUGUUGAGGGAGAAGACUGGGUUUGGCUUCCGCAUCCUGGGGGGAGACGAGGCCGUGCAGGCUGUGAGUCCGGACGCCCGCGACAAGAUUGUGAUUGGGGCGAUCAUAGAGAACACUCCUGCAGAGCGCGAUGGACGUCUUCGACCUGGGGACGAGCUCAUCUCCGUGGAUAAGAUGGUGGUUGCUGGGAAACCACACAGAUACGUGAUCGACCAGAUGCACGCCGCUGCACACAACGGUCAGGUCAGCCUGAAGGUCCGGAGGAGAGUCCACUUCCUCAGUGAGGUGUUAGGGGUGAACGGCCGUAGCCCUGGCUACGUGUCCCCGCAGCACAAUUCCCCGCGCAGCGACGCCGCCUCAGCUUCCUGUCCCGUAACCCCCGGCAAUGUCCCGCCACCAUCCACCGCCUCCCCUCCGGAGGGCGCCGUCCCCCUGCAUACCAGUGAUGUCAUCAUCCACCGCAAAGAGAACGAGGGCUUCGGCUUUGUCAUCAUCAGCUCACUGAACCGACCGGAGAACACAGCUGUCAUCACUGUGCCCCACAAGAUUGGGCGUAUCAUCGAGGGCAGCCCAGCGGAUCGCUGCGGCCGCCUGAAGGUUGGCGACCGGAUCCUGGCCGUCAACGGGCAGUCCAUCAUCAGCAUGCCCCACGCUGACAUUGUCAAGCUCAUCAAAGAUGCCGGUCUCACCGUCACCCUUCACAUCAUACCGGAGGAAGAUCCCCACUCGAGGCCCAACUCAGAGAAGCAGAGCCCCAUGACCCAGAAACACAGCCCCCAGGCCCAGCCCAGCCCCAUAGUCAACCAGCCCAGCCAAGGAGCAUCCCAGCCGGGUCAUGCACCAGCCCAGCCGAGCCAGACAACCACCACCCAGGAAGGCCCAGCACCACCAGCUCUGCCCGGCCAAACACCAGACCAGCCAGGCCAAGUACCAGCAGCAGCCACGCAGCCUACCCCAGGAGCGGCCGCCCAGCCCAGCUCGGCAGGGACCGAGCAGAGCCCGGUCGCCCAGCCACCCGGCCACCCUCCCCCGCUCUACCUCCACGACGGCAGGUCAGAGGUGAAAGCCAGGCAGGACGUGAAACCGGAUAUCCGCCAGCCUCCGUUCACCGACUACCGGCAGCCCCCCGUCGACUACCGGCACCCUCCGGUGGCUGAUUACCGGCAGCCGCCCACACUGGAUUAUCGUCACCCUCCUCCCCUCAUCGACUACAGACAACACUCGACAACACUCGCUGCACAGUUCCCUCUAGCACAGUUUCCACCUGACUUCAGACCACAGGACUUUGACUACUUCACGGUAGAGCUGGAGAAGAGUGUGAAGGGUUUUGGCUUCAGUAUCCGUGGGGGACGGGAGUACAAGAUGGAUCUGUUUGUUUUGCGGCUUGCAGAGGAUGGGCCAGCCAUCCGCAAUGGCAGAAUGAGGGUGGGGGAUCAAAUCAUUGAGAUAAAUGGCGACAGUACCCGGGACAUGACUCAUGCCCGGGCCAUCGAGUUGAUCAAGGCGGGGUGCAGGCGGGUGAGACUGUUGCUAAAGAGAGGCACGGGACAAGUGCCUGAGUAUGUAGACGGUGCCUCCCCCUGGGAUACCCUUCCUCCAGCCCUCUCUGCCCUGCAGGAAGUGACCCUUGACCCCCAGCAGCCGCCCACCUCAUCUCUCUCAUCCCAUCCAGCCUCCACCCUAGACUCCCCCCACCAGCUCUCUCUAGAGGCCUCACCGCGUACGGCAGCCCAGGCUCCAGACCCCAGCUCCACGAGAGGGGCUACAGGUGGCAGGUCCCAAACCAAGUACACUGUCCGGGAGCAGGAAACCCCACAUGGGCCUGGGUAGGUGGAGGGGGGACCCCAAGAGCCCCAGCCUACGCUGCGGUCCCCCAAUGCUCUGAGGGAACUCAGCGGAGAGGAUGGAGAGCAGCAGCACCGGCGCCCCUGGUGGGGAGAGUGCACACACACCCACGUAGGCUCCGAACACUGCCUUAUGGCCCUGGGACUCUUCCUACCUGAGUGUGAGUCUGAACGGAGGCGGUGGAGAUUGGUUUACUGGUAUACACUGGACCAGACCACUUCUGACCAGGUUGGACGGGCUGGCUCUUCAUAGGCUCCCAAAUCCAACACACCACACACCAUCAGAUGCAAGAGGGAUCUCUCUCUCUCUCUACCGCUCUCUCUCUCUCUCUCUACC